AUGUUUCCGCGCAAUACGUGUCCGCCCACCAAGCGUCUGCGCACCAGACACUCCGCCCACCGCGUUUCCGCGCACUACGUGUCCGCUCACCACGCGUCGGCGCACUACGUGUCCGCCCACCACGCGUCUGCGCACCAGACGUCCGCCUACCACGUGUUCGGACACCAGGCGUCCACCCACCACGUUUCCGUGCACUACGUGUCCGCUCACCACGCGUCCGCGCACCAGAUGCCCGCCCACCACGCGUCCGCCCACCACGCGUCCGCCCACCACGCGUCCGCCCACCACGCGUCCGCGCACUACGUGUCCGCCCACCACGCGUCUGCGCACCAGACGUCCGCCCACCACGUUUCCGCGCACUACGUGUCCGCCCACCACGCGUCUGCGCACCAGACGUCCGCCUGCCACGUGUCCGGGCACCAGGCGUCCACCCACCACGUUUCCGCGCACUACGUGUUCACUCACCACGCGUCUGCGCACCAGUUGCCCGCCCACCACGCUUCCGCGCACUACGUGUCCGCCCACCACGCGUCUGCGCACCAGACACCCGCCCACCACGCUUCCGCGCACUACGUGUCCGCCCACCACGCGUCUGCGCAUCAGACACCCGCCCACCACGUGUCCGCACACCACGCGUCCGCCCACUACGUGUCCGCGCACCAAGCGUCUGCGCACCAGGCGUCCGCCCACUACGUGUCCGCGCACCACGCGUCUGCGCACCAGGCGCCCGCCCACUACGUGUUCGCCCUCCACCUGUCCGCGCAGCGCGCCUCAGCGCUGCCUUGA